AGAUACAAUUUUAUUAUAGUCAUAAAUAUGCAUUACACAUAUUUCUAAUCUUGCAGUAAUAUAUUUUGUGUUGCAAAGGAUUGUCAUUUGUACCACGUCUUAGUUACAUUUGAGAACAUGAGGAAAUGUUACAUUUAUUUGCGUUGACGACAAUAAUCUCAUCAGUGGUAUCACAAGAAAUUUUAGGUGUCAAUUAUACCUUUGACGAUGAUUUUAAUUAUUAUUUCGAUAAUAAAUCAUGUCACGGUGAUAGAAAAUGGCAUUUGAUAGAAUAUCAAACAUUAAAUAUAUUCACUGGAAACAUACAAAGUAACAAUGGAAUUAUCGCGAAGAAUAAUAGCUGUGUGUCAUCUUUUCCAAUUGUUUUCUUUUUAAAUAGUGUUGUAGAAGUAAAUGUUUAUGUUCGAUUAAGUCUAUUAAUGAGUGGCUUAAGUGUGAUAGUUUAUGAUGAAUUGGAUACUCCUGUCGUUAUCCAUGGAUAUAAUAAAUCCAGUGAAAACUACACUCCAGGAUGGAACACGAUGUAUAUUGCAAUCAACAGAAACAUCAAUGGAUAUAUAAAUCUUCAAGGACGUAUUACAGACAAUGAAAUUAUUAUAAUUGAUUCAUUCAACCAUGUUGUUAAAACUGAACAUCAUGAAGAAGUUCAAUGGAAGAGUACAAUUGACAAAUCUGAAUCUCUACUUUUAGAAAAUUUACAAUUACCAAGAGAUAUUAUAGAUGAUUAUUGGAUAGAUGGAUCAAAUGACGAUAUAAAUAAUGAAAAUGGAUCUGGAGACAAUGAGGGAUCAGGAGAUAAUAUUGACGAUGUAAAUUCUACAACACCUUCCGAUAUCACCGAUGUCCCAGAUACACCAGCUUUUCAAUUCUGGAAUCUUUGGACGAUUAUAUUAGUUGCUGUGGGUUCAUUAAUCUUAGUUACAAUUUUGAUCGUAAUUGCUUAUUUUAUUGGUAAAAGGCGAGGUGAAGAUGAUAAUACUGCUAUGAUAGAAAGCUUGGAACCACAAAGUAGGUUAAGAAUACCUCGUAUUAAUAGCAUUUAUCCGGGUUUUCGGCUGAAUAGGUUUAGAUAAAUGACGAUCGAUAGCAACUGCAUAUUUUUUUUGUUUAUUAUGAUUGAAUAUGGGUCUGUAAAGAAGAGUAUGCAGUUAUCCAUGACACUCACAUGGUGGCAAACGACAAGGAAACGUCCCUCUUGAUAAUUAUUAACUAUAUUAACCUAAUUUUAGAGUCUUAUACAUUUAUUUAUCAUAUUUUUAAUAAAGAACAUUUUAUAU